AUGGUCUGGUUCUGGUUCGACUGCGGCUCCGGCCAGGGCGUGGUGCGGUCCGACGAGACGGUGCUGCUCAACGAGUGGAACCGCGUCUCGGUGCACCGCCACCGCUGGGACGCCUCGGUCCGGCUCAACGGCGGCAAGUGGGUCACGGGCAGGUCAAAGGGCCUGUUCUCCCGCAUCACGUUCCGCGAGCCGCUGUUCCUCGGCGGCCCCGGCAACACCACGGGCCUGGCCGGCAAGCUGCCCGUCGACCGGGGCCUGCGGGGCUGCGUCCGCCACGUCGAGGUGAACGGCCAGGUCUACGACCUGAGCGAGGACGCGAUGCAGGGCUUCGACGUGGACGAGUGCCGCGCGGACCGGUGCAGCAAGGUGCCCUGUCGGCACGGCGGCACGUGCGUGACGGAGCGCGACGGCCCGGCCGUGUGCCUGUGCCCGCUGGGCUACUCGGGCGAGCUCUGCGACACGCGCGUCGACCUGCUCGUGCCCUCGUUCAACGGCUCCAGCUACCUGCGCUACCCGGGCCUCGGCGACACGGCGCUGUCCUGGCUCGACCUGCAGCUCACGCUCAAGGCCACGGCCGCGGACGGGCUCGUCCUCUACAACGGGCACCGCGCCGACGGCCACGGCGACUUCAUGGCGCUCGCGCUCGUCGACGGCCACCUCGAGUUCAGCUUCGACCUCGGCACCGGGCCCGCCACCGUGCGGAGUUCGCUUCCGCUGUCGCUGGGCGAGUGGCACGAGGUCCGCGUGUCCCGCACGGGCCGGCUGGCCGUGCUGCAGCUGGACGCGCACGCCCCCGACGAGGCCAUGGCGCCCGGCGCCUUCCUGCAGCUGUCGCUGCCGCUCAGCCUGUACCUGGGCGGCGUGCCCGCCCUACACUCCGUGGCGCCCAGGCUCCGGGCCAGGACCUCCUUCGUGGGCUGCAUCCAAAAGGUGAUGGUGAACGAGCAGCCGCUGCACCUGCUGGAGAGCGCCCUGGCCGGCGUCAACGUGGACAACUGCCCGCACCCGUGCGCGGCGCGGCCGUGCGCCCCGCGGGGCCGCUGCGUCCCCCAGCACGACUACUUCACCUGCCUGUGCCCGGCCGGCGAGGGCGCGUCCUGCUCCGCGUCCGGCGCCGCCUCCAACGACCUGGUUCCCGCGGCCGGCGACGCGCUGCCGUCCGAGGCGCCCGCCGCGGAGCACGACCCGCAGCUGCUCGAGCACCGGCUGUCGGCGGGCUUCUCGGGCAACGGCCACCUGCACUUCUCGGACAUGGAGACCGUGCGCAGAUCUGAAGUGCACGGUAUGAUGCACUCUGCCCUAUGGAAGGGAAGCUGGCGCCGCGAAGUUAGCUGGCAGCACUAA